GCAUUGGCCUUUUGCUCUGGACAAUAAAGGGCAAACCGCCUUCACGUCAGCACAGAUUUCAGGGUGAAACUUUUCCACGGGUGUCCCCCGGUUUGCUUGUUGUCCAGAAAAGCUGAAAAGACUUGUGGAGCCCAGCCAGGAGAUGCCAAAUUGUCGUGGAAAUUAGACAACACUCAUAGACUCUUCCUCUGAAGACAUACGCUACAGCCGAGGAGCCAUAAACUAAAACGUAUCAUAUGGAGAACACACUGAAAGACUCGAGGUCGAGCAGCCCUUUCCUCAGCCUGGAUGAAGAUGAAACAAAUCAACAUUUAAAUGAGGCUUGUUUACUGAGUGGCACUGAACUGUCUUUUGAUGAUGAAGGAUCCUCUUAUGAUUUUUCUAACGUGGUCGUUCCAGAAACUCCAGAAAGCCCUCUCACUUUUCGAAGAAAACUACAUUCCCAAGUAACUGAUCAUUACAGUGGGGCUGCUGUUUGUGGUCCAGAUGCCAAAAGGUCAGAGAGAAGGUUCAUGAUUCCUGGAUACCUCCACACAACCCCAAGCUCUCAUAGGACACUGAAACGAAGAAGAAUGCAAGACCCUGCAGGAGAUGUUAAUGAUAUACAAGCAAGCAGUGGAACAGGAUUUGUACCUGCUUCAUCUCUUUUAUCUGAAGUCACGUGGCUGGAGUCUCCACGCCCCUCGCAGUCCACCACCUCCUUCUCUUCCACUUCCACCAUCUCAUGUUCUGCUGCAGAUCCUGAAUGCUCUGUGCUGGGAGCUACUGCUGGUCCGAUUUUCUCAAGAAAGGCUUCUCCUCGUGGUCAUGCCUCUGAGCAAAAAAUAUUUAAUAAAUGCUAUAAGGAACGAAGACCGAAAAAGACAUCAACUAUAAUAAGUCCAAGGUCCUCUAGGUGUACAGCAACAGCAAAUUUGCAAGACACAGAAAGAAGAGGUGGAUGUGUACAAGAGGAAAUUGUUAUAGAUGAUGAGGAUGAUGAUAUGGUGGUUGAGGCUAUGGUUCGCUCAAUUCAAAUGGCUGAAGACGAGGCAUUUGCCAGAAGCCUCCAGGAACAAUUUGAUAGAGAGGAACAGGUUCAUCAGGAGCAAAGUCGAUUACAAACCACAUCAUCCAACAGACAUCCACAAAACCCCCCAUUGGAUUCCUAUGUAGGUUUGAGCUGGAUCUCUCCCUGGGCCUCCAUGAUGUACUCAACAUCAUUCUCAGAGCCGCAGCAGGCCAUAGCUGUGGGGCAGCCCAACAGGCAAACAAGACAGACUCGGGGAGGUCGCAGCUCUCGCCGCAGAAACAGUCCGCACAUGUCUUUAGACCUGAUUGAUGACAGCCAGGGAAAUAACUAUGAGGCUCUUCUGGCAUUUGAGGAAACCCAGGGAGCUGUGAUGGCCAAGAAAACCCUCAGUAAAGAGGAGAUUGAGAGACUUCCUGCUAAAGCUUAUGACCCUGCACACAGUGCAGGCAAGACAGAUUGCCAGAUCUGUUUCUCUGACUACAAGAAAGGAGAGAAGCUGCGAAUGCUACCAUGUUUCCAUGACUACCAUGUGAAGUGCAUUGACCGCUGGUUGAAAGAGAACGCCAACUGUCCUAUCUGCAGGGCCGAUGUGUCAUUGUAGCAUACAUUAUCUCAGGACUGCUCUACCUCACAUCACAAGACUACAAAAUCUAUAUUGAAUGCAUGCGAUUUUAACUUGCACGUGGCUCUGAAAAGUCUUUUUCUAAAGGAAAAAAAAGGCUAAUGUAUGGACCAGCAUAAAUUCUAUGAUUGAAAUAUAUUCAGUUCACCCAGGUUGACUGGUAAAUUUUUACUACUGAGUAUAUUAUUUUUUAAAAUAAAAUAAAAUUUUCCUCA